UAUUUUAUACUCGACGUUAUUUUAGAUUUUGUAUUUAGUAAGCCGUUUGGUAAUUUAGUUUCCGACUUAGAUAUUUAUAACUAUAUUUAUUUAAUAGAAUACAGUAUACUGAAUAUUAUCGUUACGGCUAUUUUGCCCUUUUUAUUUUAUAUAUUAUUAUAG